AAAGGUUAUAUAAAUGUGAAGGAGAGCGAGUAGAGCGUGUCCUGCUAUAAGCUUGCACUGCUGGGAGCUCAGGGAGCAGCAGUCGUGACUUCACUGCUGCUGGUUCUGUGCAAACAGCUGUAUUUAUUCACAUUGGCUGUGUUCCCAUAAAUCACUUUGUUGGAGUGUGACCCGAGCCACAAAGAUUAUAUUUCCAGGCUAAGUUGGUGAUGAUAGUUCCCCAGCUUGACAAAUAGGCUUCUGUUUUGGCAGGUAUUGCAGUGACUGAAAUGUGAAAAGGUCCCAGCCAUGAUGCACAUGACAUGGUCAGCUUCUUUUUUUGCCGUAUGUUUGAAAGGGUAUUCCUGGCUUCAACGAGCAGGCAGACCUGGCAGUGUAGCACUACUAAGAGAAUGUGGAGCACAGGCAGCUCUGGGAAUGUGAACAGAAGUAAGAGGCUGCUCACAGUCACAAGUCUGCACAUUGGACCGCUAGCCAAGGAGCUGUGUAGCUGAAAUCAUAGCUAGCGUCAAUAUUACAGUUAAGAUGCCGUAUCUAUCAACAGAAAAUACUAGCAAAAAGGACCUUUAACCUGAGAGAUGUUUUAAAUGCAGAUCCUGCUGAAGCAAAAGGCCUGUCAUCUCUUCAUUUCUACUUGAAUCUAUAACUUGAUGUUUCCACUGAGUCACGCACACUCCCAUGUAUGUGUGGGACAGGACUUAAACGUGCCUUGGUUAGUGUGUUGGAAUUGUCUGCCCUGCUGUGGUAAGUUACAAAGGUCCAUUGUUAGAUGACGGAGCACUGGCUCAGGCAGUCUCUCGUGGAGCCAGUUCCCCUGAGUUCACCAAACUCUGUGCUUGGUUGGUAUCUGAGUUACGGCUGUUCUGUAAACUAGAGGAAAAUGUGCAAGCAACUAACAGUCCAAAUGAAGCUGAGGAAUUUCAACUCGAAGUGAGUGGGUUGCUGGCUGAAAUGAACUGUCCAUACACAUCGUUAACAACGGGAGAUGUGACAAAACGCCUUCUUAACCAAAAGAACUGUCUCUUGCUGCUUACAUACCUCAUCUCAGAACUGGAAGCUGCCAGAAUGCUGUGUGUGAACGCCCCUCCUAAAAAAGCACAGGAAGGAGGUGGCAGUGAAGUCUUUCAGGAGCUAAAAGGCAUAUGUAUUGCUUUAGGCAUGUCCAAGCCUCCAGCCAACAUAACGAUGUUCCAGUUCUUCAGUGGAAUUGAAAAAAAACUGAAAGAAACCCUAGCAAAGGUUCCACCUAAUCAUGUUGGAAAGCCUCUCUUGAAGAAGCAGCUGGGACCAGCUCACUGGGAAAAAAUUGAAGCAAUUAAUCAAGCCAUAGUCAACGAAUAUGAAGUCCGAAGAAAACUGUUAGUCAAACGUUUGGAUGUUACUGUGCAGUCCUUUGGCUGGUCAGACAGAGCUAAGAGUCAGACAGAAAAGCUGGCUAAAGUCUACCAGCCGAAACGUGCCCUCUUAUCCACUAAGUGCACUAUUUCUGUUGCAAAUCUCUUGGCAGCUCGGCAAGAUCUGUCAAAAAUUAUGAGAACAAGCAGUGGAUCCAUCCGAGAGAAGACUGCAUGUGCCAUUAAUAAGGUUCUUAUGGGUAGAGUGCCUGACAGAGGAGGAAGGCCCAAUGAAAUUGAACCGCCACCUCCUGAGAUGCCACCCUGGCAGAAAAGACCAGAGGCUGGUCCACAACAAAGUGGUGGCCGAGGAGGAAGAGGUGGCUACGAAUCCCCAUAUGGAGGGCGAGGAGGUUAUGACCAUGGGGGUCACAGCCAUGGUGGUCAUGAGCGAGGAGGAAGAGGAGGCUAUGACUCAUCAUAUGGAGGACGAGGAGGUCAUGAACGAGGAGGUCAUGAUCAAGGAGGCCAUGAUCGAGGAGGGCGAGGAGGACGUGGUGGCUAUGAUCAUGGUGGCAGAGGAGGUGGAAGAGGAAACAAACUUCAAGGAGGGUGGACAGAUGGUGGAGGUGGUGGCUACCAGGAUGGCAACUACAGGGAUAGCAACUACAGAGAUGCAGGUUUUCAAACAGGUGGCUACCAUGGUGGUGGUGGCGGUGGCUACCAAGGAGGAGGCUAUGGUGGCUACCAGUCAUCUUCAUACACAGGAAGUGGCUACCAAGGGGGUGGUGGCUACCAGCAAGACAACAGAUACCAAGAUGGUGGGUCCCACAGUGACCGAGGGGGUGGGCGUGGAGGAGGCAGAGGUGGCCGUGGUGGUCGUGGUGGCCGUGGAGGUCAAGGAGGCGGCUGGGGAGGCAGAGGUGGACAGAAUUUUAAUCCAGGUGGGCAAUUCGAGCAGCACUUCCAGCAUGGAGGCUAUCAGUAUAAUCAGUCUGGUUUUGGACAAGGAAGGCACUUCACAAGCUGAGGUUGCUAAAAACUUUUGCUUCAGCAGAGCUCAAAUAAUAAAAACCUGGUUUCAGAGUCUUGGUUUAAUCACUUUUGAAUCCGUACAGGUUUGUACAUAUGAGGCAGAAUCUUUUGGGGUGGGAUAUUUUGUAUUGAACUAAGUAUAGCUUUCUAUACUUUCCUUCCCCCCCAGUCUAUCAGAAUUGAAUGCAUCGUAACUACUCACUGCACUUCACUUAAUCGUAAAUUAAUAGUCAUGCUUUUUUGAUGUUGGACUGACAUCUGCUCAAAACACAUUGAUUCCAAAACUACCUGCUGUGUUUUGCUUGACGCUUCAAUUGGAAAAAUUAUAAAGACUGGUCUAGUCAGAAUUAUAUGUUUCAGUAUACAAUGGAAUUUCUGCAUCCCCUAGCCAUUGUUCAGUUAUAUGACCUAAAAUCAGUGCUAAAUAUUGCUUCUGGAUUGCUGUCCUCUUCUUUUAAUUGGAGUUGCACACAUGCAGGUCCCCACAGCAAUUUCCCUCUAACAGACAGGUUUGUUAUCUAUUAUAUGAGCUCUGCUGUAGAUGUCAUGUUUGGUAGCCUUAUUUUCCAUUAAACAAAUUUUUUCCCACCUGCUCAAGUCUGAAGACUUACCGCCGCCAAAAUCUGCAAAGAUUAUUUAAAACUAAGCUAAAUUGUGAACUGGUAGUGUACAUAGGCCUGUAGUUAGGUGUAGCAAUUCAAACUGACCUGCAUCCAUCCAAAACAAGUUGCUCCUCCUUCAAACUUAAUUUUUACUUGAAAUCAGCUAGAAAAAAAAAAGGAAGACAAGUUGAAAUUCUUUUAUUUGCAAGUUAAUACCACUGGCUCAGCAGAUCUAGGGCAAUUUGUUUUGGGGGUUGUCUUUUUAAAGAAAUGCACUACGGCCUGGGAAGUUUAGUUCCUGCCUGGAAGAAGCCCUUUUAUUAUUGCUGCAGAAAAUAAAGCCUGGCUGAGUUUGAUGUUCUAAUGCAUUGGUUUGUUUUUUGUUUUUUGGUUUGUUUUUUUUUUUCCUUUACUGAAAGCCACAUAAUGCUUCUUGCUGGGUUUUUUGUGUACAUAAACAUUGUCAAGCUGUGAAAGAAAAUGGCUGAAGGUUUGCUGUUGUAUAAAAGGUGAGCAAUAAAAGUAUCUGUAUGUUC